GUUGAUGAUUCGGCCAGGGAAGAAGGGCGGCCGCAGAAUUUCAGCGUCGGUGAGCCAUCGCUCGCGACCGAGCUGAUCAUCGAAGAUGAGAUACUUUAUGGACCAAUUUGAUGCCAUCACGAUCGAAAUUCCAGAAGAGCAAUCAAUUUACAGAGCAAACUUGUCUCCAGCCGGCUGUCGUGCGGACGGGCUGCUCUGUCGAUCGUGUGUGAAGCAGAAAGCAGAGGCAGCUCUGGACAUGGACACCGCGAGCCGCGAGGAACCGAUUGGCUGGGGAAGCCUCCCUCCCUCCCUCCGUGCCACCCCUCCUGCCGCCUGACUGGACAUGGGCACUGACGGAUCGGCGCCCGGAAAAUAAAACAAAAGACAAAAGACGCGUGUUCCGGUCUCUCACAAUCAGGCUGGCCGCGAACCCAGUGCCAAAGAGCGACAUUUCCAUUUCCAUUCGGGCCUCCGCGUUUUUUAUCCUCGCGCGCAAUGGAGUUUUUUUUUCAAGACAGGGCCGACGAUGAAUUCAACUUGGACGUCUUCCACGAUGACAUCAAACGCUCCAUAAAUUCCCUUGGUCAAUGGAAGCAGAAAAUCGCUUCGAUGGAGAACGAAAUCACAGAACUGAAAAAGAGAGAGCAGUCUUUGCAGAAAGCGUUGGCAGAAGCUCGGGAGAAUGAGAAGAACGAAAGAGCAUCGGUGAUCAAACUGACGGAGGACUUUGGCAAACUGCAGACCUCGCUCGAUACCAUGAUUGAAGUGAAAGUCAAUAAUGCAAAGUUGGCGGAGAGGGCUAAGAUGUGUGAAAGACAGGUUUCCGAACUGUCAAAGAGGUUGGAAAAUGAGAGGCAUGCCAACGAAAUCUUAAUGCAGAAGACGUGCACUGAAAUCGCCAAUCAGGGUAGCAAAGAUCUACAGGCAGCUCAAGCAGAAAUUGAGCACCUGCACGACCAAUUGAGGUCAAACCAGGAAGAGUUGAGAAAAACCAACCUUGAGUACCAGGCGAAAAUGAGAAACCUUGAAAGGUCACGGAAAGAAGAGCUCCGUCAGACUGCUCUUGAGUAUCAAGACAAGAUUGAGAGUUUGCAAUCUGAGCUUCAGUCAACCAGGACUCACUGCCGAGACUUGCAGGAGAAAAUCAAGGUAGACUCUACCAACUUUCAGAAGAAAAUCAAAGAUUUGGAGAGGACUUCCAUGAACCCAUUUCUGCGGGCACCUGAGAAAUCUACAUCAGGGCCAGGCAGGAAUAAGGUUGGUGGACGAAAAAUGCCCACCCUGGAUUUUGUGAACUCCACGUCUGACGGUGAAAAAGGGACGGACAACCAGUCCUACACAAAUCAGUCGACGCUGAGAAAGAGGAAGUUGUUUGUGCAGUCAAACGACAACUCCGACGACGAUUUCAUGUAAAUUACAAAAUCUCAUGUUUUCAAACAAGGGCCAAUUCAGCCGAAUUUUAAUUUAAUCUUUGUGAAUAAACACUCAGUUGAGUUUACAGGUGUCAAUAAAAACAAUAUUUUUAAAUAUGAAGAUCACAGUGUAGAUCAGAACAAUCUCUUCUUGAUUAUGUAGAGAACACAGGCCAUGAAGAAGGCAAAUGCAAAGAAGACAAUCACUUUGUCUGUCAAUUCCCGUCGGCCGUACUUGGCCAGCAGCUUGCCCGACUGGUUUAUCACUCCGCCCAUGUUUUUGAACUCGUCCUGUGUUGACUGUAGAGUGUAGGAUGAAUUUGCUGUAAUAUUAACAUAUUAAGAAAUUUUAAAUUAUCCCAUCACUUUUAUUAUACCUAAUGAAUCAAGGGUGUCGGCACUUCUUUGCGAAGUUUCUGCAAGGUGUCUACUGAUCGAGAGCAAGUGGUCUGUGACAUUAGCUGAGGCGUUCGCCAUGCUCUGCUUGUCUUUGUUCAGUCUGGAAAUGGAAAAUACUCAGUAACGUAAAAAAAUAUAUUUAAAUCUUUACCUUUUUCUGCUUGUCAUGGGCUCCUUUUCAUUACUGAAAAGCUGCUCCUGGUUGUUUUUGUCGAUCAAGUGCUGGCAACUGACGGAUGCG